UGGCACGCGCCAUAAUUACUUUUAUUAUUAUUCUUUUACUUCGUGUAGGCGAUAGGACGCCGUACGCUGAAAGUGGGGACCCCUUUAGACACGUCUGGAAAUUGUACAAUCUUUGCAAUGGAGACAAAAUGUGACGAUGUCACCCUUUUUGAGUCGUUGUGCGACGAAACUAGCGGUUCAGGACCCCAGUGCUCCGCUGUGGAAAACCGCACCAUUUUUCCCUCAAAAAAAUUCAAAACAAGCAGGAGAGGAAAGAAGCGACCUCGACGAAUUGUUCCCCAGUCAUCCAAGGCAACAGAAGAUGAUGCAGGAAAAAGGUCUGUGAAGAGGAAGAAAGGUCCUGUGUCCAUCCAGUCCCCCAGGAGUGUCACACAGGAUGCAGGAGAAACUUCUCCAAAUCUUGGGGAUCUGGUCCUGGCUGCUGAACUAAUGGAACUGGUCAGUGAAACAGUGCGAGGGGUGCAGAUGGGAGUCUGGUUCAGGCAUGGUUUUGAGAAUGACCAUGCCAGCUACCCACUACCUCCUGAUCCAAUUGCUCUGAGUGGUCUUGUCCAAAACUUGGCAAAAAAAUUGCAUAAGCAGGAAGAGGCCCUGUGCAACCUUCAGGCAGUGCUGGAGAACAAAGAAAAGCAAUUUAAACAGAGCAAGGAUAAAUUGGAGUGGGAGCUCCAGACUCUUACAACAGCCCGUGAAACUCGGAUUGAUGCUCUUGAGAAUGAGGUUGCGAGGCUGGUCUUGGAGAACUCACUGGCUUAUCGGGAACUGAGGAAGGCCCAGGAAGAGGCAGCCUCUAGUGCGGAUUCAGUGCUGCAGCUUGGCACUCAGCUACAGGAAAAGCGCUUCCAUGCACGCAGCACGAUCAUUUCAGCUCAGGUCCUUCGCAAAGACCCCAAAUGGCUGAGAUUCUAUACUGGAUUUGAGAGCUAUGAGAAAUUUUUUGCUUUCCUGAGGUUCUUAAAAAAUGGUGAUGGAAGUGGGCUGUGCUACAGGAGGGAAACUGAGAGUGAAGCGGGUGAAGCAUCUGAUGGAGAAGAGGAGGAGUUUGAAGACAUGGAUAAAGAGUCUGAAGAAAUUGAUAUCUUCAGUGAUGAGUAUAUGGCGAAGCUGGAGCCAAUUUCACACUCAGUAGCACAGCAAACACAAGAAGACACAAAUUCCAAUGCAUCACUGGGACUUCCAAAAUCCCAAGAAGAUACCACUAUACGAGGGAUGAUUCUUAACCGAAAAAGUGUUGGUGGUGCACCCAAUCUACUUUGUCCUGAAGACCAGCUCUUGCUUGUCUUGAUGAGGCUUCGGCUUGGUCUUCUGCUCCAGGACCUCGCCUUUCGGUUCAGAGUGGCAGAGUCAACCGCAUCACGGAUCUGGGUUCACUGGAUCAACCUUUUACAGGAACGACUACAACAGAUUCCAGUGAAGUGUACCUCACGUUAUGUUGAUUCCUUCCAACCAAAAUAUACUUCUCUGCUGGCAGAUGGACAAACUCUUAUAGUCAUGGAAUGUGCUGACCUGCUUUUUGACGUUCCCACGAAAGAACGUCAUCGGACUGCAGGGUCGGGUGUGGGGUCUACGUCUUUCUCCCAGCCAUACCGAGCUCUGUCUUCUAAAAGGGGUUGCAUGGUGGCAUCUCCCUUAGGGUACCUUGGCUUUGCCAGUGACUUGCGUUUGGACAAGUGGAAGGCUACGGUAGAGGUCAAUACAAAACUUGCCCUACCACCCUUUCUGGACCGUGUCCCUCCAGAAUCGGCAAUACAGCAAGGACUGUGCCGAGAAGUCCUUAGUGUGCGCAGUCUGACGGACAAAGUGCUUAUGUUUCGCUUUCUACGCUGUGUACAUCCCAUUAGUUCUGCUGCCUUGCUGGACCGUGCAUGGGAAGUGUGCUGCUACCUAGCCUGUCUGCUGCAUGAGCCCAUGGGCCUAAAAUAGAAAGAGUGAGCCUAAUGGAAACUAUAUAGCUUGAGUCUCACCCAAUCAGCUUGAUUUUAUCACACAUCAGGAUGGUUCCUGUUGUUGUGGCUAAAGCUUUCACUGGGAAAGUGAAUAAAAAAAGAAGCCUGGCCAGAAGAGGAUGAGAGAGAUGAAACUCCAUGGUUCCCUAUUAACUGCAGUUUUAUUAGGCUGAGGUUUACAGUUUUGUUUAGAGAAAUAAACCAAGCGUUAUGGACAACAAUGCAAGGAGGAAGCAGGGUUAAUUGGUGAAUAUUGAUGAGUUUCAGUGUAAAUGCUAACAGUGAUCAUAAUGAGUUGUGUGAAUUGAGCAUUGAGAUCUGUAAAAUUAGUGCAAGCAGGCAGUGGUUAUGUUAUGUUCGCCUCUUUAUCUGGACAGUAUGCUGUAUAAUCACAUGGCUUGGCUUUUUAGGGCUUCUGGUAAUGAACUUGAGGUUAAGGCUGACUUGGUUAACAAAGACUGUGGUUUCUGUACAACUGCGUUUGAAUAGGUAGAUGGGUGUCAACUGUGGCUAUAUAAGUACAUCCGUCCAUCCAUCCAUCUAUAGAACGGCAUGUACAACUUGUAGAUUUUGUCAGAUAUAAAUGGGUUUAACAAAAAAAAAAACACAAUUUACAGUUAGAGGCAAACUUUCAUAACUUCUGAGUACUUCGGGGUAGUUAGUUGAGCAGCAAAUAUGAUGCAGUUGCUAUUUUUAUCUAGCUUUGCUAAUAGGAAAUGAUUGAGAAUGAUACCUUAAAGUAUGUGAUAUCAAUCGCCAGCUCUUAAAAACGUUGCUUCUCCCUCACACACCACACAAAUCUUAUCUGCAGGCAUUGCUGUUCAGCUCAUUUUGAAGGGCUGAUCUGUGUUCAUGUAUAACCACAUCAAAAAUAACUUGCUGUAAAGGCAUUAAAAUAUGGUAUCUUUGUGUAUCCAAAAUUGUGCUCAUACACACCAACACAGAUUAAAUAUUAUUUACAUGCAUAAGUUGUAUACACAUUAUGUUCAUGUUUUUCUAAUAAUCUGCAGAUGUGUAUCUGUAAAUCUUAUCUAAAUCCCAUUGUCUAAAAGAAGAGCAGCUGACCCAGCCUGUAAUGUUCUUCUGCACAAAUAUGGAGCACAGCAAUAUUCUGAAAUCCUAAAGUGUAAGGGAUUUAGCCAUAUCCGCCAUUUUCCUGAUUAUUAACAUGAAAGGAGCACCAGUGAUUCCCCAUCUUUCAGCAAAAAGAGAAAAGCAAUGCUAAAGUCACUGUCGGAGCUCAAAUAGUUUUGUAUUGUUUUGAUUGCAGUUUUGAGCAUUUGUAAAAUUAUUAGAUUCAUAAAUUGAUUUGGUUGUCAAGUCUAAAUAAAUAAACAAACAAGUUUUCAUAACCUGUAUGAGAGGAGUUUAGUGAGUGAGCCAGAUCCCAAUUUAGUGUGGCCUACUAAAAUAAAGAGAUUCUAUUUGAGAUUAAAAUCGAGCUUGUGACCUAGACAUUUUGUUGAGCAAUGCUCUUCUUAUGUAUGAUGCGAUCACCCAUAUUUACCUGCUUUUUGCGAUUUCAAAAAAACAGCAGAAACAUUACAUUGGUUAAAAAAUAUUGUUUUAUUCCAAGUAGUAAAAUUCUACUAGUCAACUGAAUAUUUUAUCUCUUACUUGAGAGAAGUUUCCAUUGACUUUUGAAGCAAUGUUUCUUUGAUCGCUACAAUGUAUAUAUUUAUGCAUAACAACUUUUUGUUGACAUUAAUUAAGCAAAUACUUUCAGAACCCCAUUUCUGGAUAAAGUGACCAUUUGUCCAGUUUUCUCAGAGUAACAGCAUUGCCAGAUCCUUAACUUUGCAAUGAGCAGACUGUCAGCCUUUUGUCUCCUUUUUUUCCGUCUGGGGGUGGCCUGUCAAUGCUUAGUUCCAGACUUUAAAGAACUGUUUGAACAUGACUGUUUCUUUGCCUUGGGGGAUGAUCUCCACCUUGAGAACAAGAAAAGAACAUUUUUUCUUAACUUUGAUUAUGCUACAGGUUGCUAAGACUACAGGAGUUAGUCACUCAUCCAGAUGAAUUUUAUAUUUAAGUUCUUCUCUUUUAACAAUAAUAUCACUAACAAUCGCUGCACAGUAAGUGAUGCAAAAGGCUCCGCUAUAAUUGUGGAAGCCAAGUAAGGUCACCAAGAUGGGCGCAAAUUGAGCCAACUGAGGUGGACAAUAAAUGCAUCACAGUUGUACUAGUUGAUGAUCAUUCUUUGGGAUGUACAUU